AGAUCCAGAAGAGUCAUGGCUGCUGUGUUCGCUGUCCUUCUGUUGGGGCUGCUGGCCCCCGCCACCGCCGCCGCUGACCCCGCCGCCGCCGCCCCGCCCGCCCCCAGCUGUGAUGAUGUCAUCACCCCGCUCCGCAGGGACCAAGCAGACAAGGCGUUGGGCUCCUGGGUUCUGGUGGGUACCGUGACAGAUGAGAAGAAAGGCCUGCUGCCUCAGAUCUCCAGCUCCCUCAUGGAGCUCUCGCUGUCAGAGCACAACAUCUCCUUCACCUACAUCGAGAGGAACAAGUUCGUGGAUACGUCGUGUCUCUGGCUCCACGUCGUCGGCGACAUUACGGACGACGCCAACCUCACUGUGAGCCUCCACACUAUGGUGCUUGAGCAGGGGGGGACCACCACUCGGGAGGUCUUCGGACACAUCACUCUGUUCCAGAGCUGUCCUUCCUGCCCUGAGGACCGGCUCACCUCCCACUACAGCGGCAUGCACGACCCCGCAGACAGCAACUCCACCAACGUCCAGUUCAUAAUGAACUACAGGAGGGUGGGGGAGCACCAGGACCUGGAGGCUCUGAAGGAGGUUCCUCUGAGUACCAUACAGCAGGCCGCGUGCCUCAACAUGACCGAAAUCACCGGGGAGUACACCUACGACGGAGUCUCAGAGCCGUGUCCCAGGAAGGUGCUGGUUCUGAAACCAGAGGAAUAAACCGAUCACUGAAGAUCUAUUCUCUGCUCCGAAAUAUACCAGAAAUAAGAUCUCUAAUCAAAGUGAUGUUUUCUCUUCUUCUUGAGCCCAGAACUGAUUCUUGUUGUGUAUUGAUGACUGUUGAACUUCUGUGUUUUCCUGCGUUUUAGUGACAUCACAAGUGGGUGUUUCCACCUAGAUGUAUGCCAGAUAGAUCAACAGCAUUUGCUACGGUCCACUGGGUAGGCUGCUAGACUGACAGCAGCAUGAAUCUAGAUGGACACGCCCACUUGUGAUGUCACUACGGCUCAGCUUCACACCUGGUGGUAAUAUAGGAGCCCUUAAACUGUCAGCUAGCCGUCUGCGUGCUAGCCUCAAAGCAUCUUGAUUAAGUGUGUAAGAUUGUUAGCAUGUAAGCUAGCCAGUAAGCUACCUCGUCUUCCAGAAAGAUCCAAUGGAAGACGAGGGAGGAGAGGCGGAGGUCUGGUUGGAAGAGUGUCUAAUCAGAGGGGAGCUCUGAUUGGACGAGGAGGUCUGAUUGGACAAAGAGAAGUUGGAGGAGGGGAGGUAUGAUUGGAACAGGGGUAGGGGAUGUCUGAUUGGACAAGGAGGAGGAGGAUAGGUCUGAUUGGACGAGGCGGAGUGUUAUCCUGGUAUGCUAGGUCCUCAGUCCAAAUGUUUUUUAGGGUCUAUUGAUGACUGAUACUAGUUUCAUAUCUCUGAUAAUCAUCAGGCCCCUGUAAACCAAGGACUGUAAAUAAACUGUAUAAAUACA